AUGUCUUUUGUUUCAGUUGGAGCGGGAUCAGCAGGAUCAGUAAUGGCCAAUAGACUGUCAGAGGACCCGGGUACAAGAGUAUUACUCCUAGAAGCAGGCGGUCAUGAAAACAUAUUAACCGACAUUCCAUUAGCUGCCGCUAUGAUCCAACGAACACCUCUAGACUGGGCCUACCAAACGGAACCACAAAAAGUUGCUGGUUUUGGACUUGUUAACAGAAGACUCAGGUGGCCUCGGGGUAAAGUGUUAGGCGGCUCCAGUGUUUUAAAUUACAUGCUGUACAUUCGAGGAAAUCGACGAGACUACGACCGCUGGGAGCGAGAGCAUGGUGCCUACGGCUGGGGUUGGAAUGAUGUAUUUCCUUAUUUUUUAAAGUCAGAAGACAACAGAGACCCUUUACUGGCGAAUAAUGGAUUUCAUGGUAGAGGAGGCUAUCUCACUGUAUCCAGUCCACCUCAUGUCAUGCCUUUAGCACAUGCUUUUAUUGAAGCUGGAAGGACCUUUGGCUACCCUAACAUUGACCUUAAUGGACCUCGACAAUCUGGAUUCGCCAUCCCACAGGGAACAAUCCGAAGAGGAGCACGAUGCAGCACGGCAAAGGCGUACCUGAGACCAGCAAGUGGAAGACCUAACCUCGAUAUUGUUAUAUUUGCUUUCGUCACUAAAGUAAGAAAUAUUCCUAAGGUUUAG